UUUAGCGGUGACCGCGGUUCCCUCGGGCGUGCAAGCGGUGGAGAUAUCGGGGGCGGGCGGCGGUGGUGCCCCGAGGUGGGUGACCCACGCCGACGCUCCCGAGGCAGCGGGCAGGCAGCGGUGGUUCUCCCCUAAGACUGAGUGAUGGCGACGCUCCAGAGGCGGGCGGGCAAGCGGCGACGGCAGUCCCGAGUCGAACGAGUGGCGGCGUCGCACCCUAGGCUCGGUGGUAACGGUGAUUGUGCGAGGCACGAUAGGCUUCGGCAGUGACGGUGGUGGCCAUGGGACACGCGGGUAGCUCCGACGGGUGCGUGAGGCGCGGUCGUCUCCAGCGGUGGUGGCCACAUGAGGCGUGGUUGGCUCCGGUGUCCUUCGAUGACCAACUCCUUCGAUCUGAUGGCCUCGGCGGCGGCGUCCUCCGAUGACCUCCUCCAAUUCUUUGUUUAUGCAUGCGGCUGUUGGUUGAGCCCAUACUAAUUUUUCAUUAAUUAUGAUGUACGGUGUAGGUGUUUAUGCAACUUUAUGUAACGAUUUAUGUUUUGCAUGAUA